AUGAGACAAGCUAUGGAGGACGGUAUCAGUGAGGUGCUUUCUAGUGUGGUAAAGGAUGUUGGAGAAGCUGUCAGCAGAAAUGUUAGUGGUGCUGAGGUUCUGCAUGAACUAUUGAGAGCACCGUGGCUGCACGCCCUGCUGAAGAUUUAUGAGUGCCUGCUGCAGUUCCAGAGACUAUCGCCUAGCCCCUUUCUGCCUUAUGCCUCAAGACUCUUACAUGAGAUCAUGACCAUUAUGCAGAAGGUCCACUGUCCCUCUGCUGAAGCUAGAGAGCUUUACAGCCUCCUCAGCUCACCACACAUCCAGGCUCUCCUGUCAUCCCAUGACAGUGUAGCCCUUUUAGACUAUGGACCUGUUUUACCCCCUCUGCCUGAUGAGAUGCCUGAGGAUGAGGAGGCCAUGAGGAUUGUGUGUCUGGUGAAGAACAACCAGCCACUGGGGGCAACUAUAAGAAGGGAAGAGGAGACAGGAGAUAUUUACAUUGCCAGGGUGAUUCAUGGAGGACUGGCUGACCGCAGCGGACUUCUCCACCCUGGUGAUUUGUUAGUAGAGGUGAAUGGAAACCCGGUGGUGGGUCUGGAGCCAGAACAGGUCAUCCAGAUACUGAUCAAUUCCCAGGGCACUAUCCUGUUUAAAGUCAUUCCAAAUGCAGCUCAGACCAGCAGCACUCAGAAGCCGGUUUACAUGAGGACGAUGGUAGACUACUGCCCCCUGCAGGACUCCUCUAUCCCCUGUCCUGAUGCAGGAAUGACAUUCAGCAAAGGAGACCUGCUGGAGGUGGUUGACCAGUCAGAUGCACAGUGGUGGCAGGCCAGGAAGCUGUACUGUCCAGUGUCCUAUGCUGGUCUGAUUCCUUCUGCUGGCAUGCUGAAGAGCAAACAGAGGGAACAGUGGUGGUGUCAGCCUUUACAGGUUCAUACCUGCAUCAGACCAUGUAAGAACUCAUAUAAGAGUGACUCUGAUGUUACUGAUGGAAUCUACCUGGCUGGUUUCCGUCGAAGUUUCCGACUGUGGAGGAGGACAUCUUAUAGGAGGAGACGACAGUCCUGCACCUCCUGUUCUCCAAGUAGCAGUGCUCUGUCCACACCGUAUGAGGAGGUGACUUUGUAUCAGCGCCCCCCACAGGAGAACCACCGCCUCAUCAUCCUGGUCGGUGCUUCAGGAGUUGGAGUUAAUGAACUGAGGAAGAGACUCAUCAAACUGAACCCCUCGACCUUCCAGGGACCCCUACCUCACACUACUCGUCCAAUCAGAGAAGGAGAGCAAACAGGAAGAGAGUACCAUUUUGUCACCAAGGAGCUGUUUGAGUACAUGGUCUGUAACCACAGGUUUGUUGAGUAUGGGGAGCAUAAGGGUCAUCUGUAUGGAACCAGCACUGAUGCCAUUGAUGAAGUGCUGAAACGAGGAAGGAUGUGCAUCAUCGAUGUCGAACCACAUUGCAUCCAGUCACUGCGGGCGAGGAAGCUGAAGCCCUAUGUGAUCUUCAUCAAAGCUCCCAGCCCAGACAGACUGAGGCAGACUCGGAAAGAUGCCCUUAUCAUCACCAACUACACCAUCAGCAGAGCAUUCACAGAAGAUGACUUUGUGGAGCUGGAGGAGGCGUCCAAGCUGAUGGAGGCCAAAUACAAACAGUUUUUUGACAGUGUGCUAGUGAAUGAUGACCCGCAGGAUGCCUGCAUGCAGCUCUGCUCCAUCAUGCAGCAAGCACAGGACGAACCACAAUGGAUACCUGUCAGCUGGAACCGAAUGGAGUAG